AUGGCUUCGUUUUGUUCCAGCAUGAGUAGUAAUUUGAUUAUUGGUUUUUUUCUUUUGGUUCUUGUGUUAAUGGGGAGUGCUAAUGCUUCACUUUCGAAAGAUUAUUACUAUAGUUCAUGUCCAAAACUCUUUGAAACUGUCAAGUGUGCGGUUGAAUCUGCAAUAUCAAAAGAGACUCGCAUGGGUGCUUCUCUUCUGCGUCUGUUCUUCCACGAUUGCUUUGUUAAUGGAUGUGAUGGUUCGAUUUUGCUCGAUGAUACAUCAAGCAUCACGGGGGAGAAAAAUGCAAAUCCGAACAAAAAUUCUGCGCGUGGGUUCGAAGUAAUAGAUCAAAUUAAGUUAGCAGUGGAGAAAGUAUGUCCAGGUAUAGUCUCUUGCGCGGAUAUUCUUGCCGUCACUGCUAGAGACUCCGUUGAGAUACUUGGAGGUCCAAGUUGGGAUGUAAAACUCGGAAGAAGAGACGCUAGAACCGCUAGUCAAUCGGCUGCAAACAAUGGCAUCCCAGCACCAACUUCAAGCCUCAAUCAACUCAUCUCAAGAUAUAAUGCUCUUGGUCUUUCCGCAAAGGAUUUGGUCGCACUGUCUGGUGGUCACACAAUUGGACAAGCAAGAUGCACAACAUUUAGAGGCCACAUUUACAACGACACCAACAUAGACACUUCCUUUGCUCGCACAAGGCAAUCCGGCUGCCCUAAGACAUCCGGGUCAGGAGACAAUAACUUGGCGCCCCUCGAUCUCGCGACACCAACUUCCUUCGACAAUCAUUACUUCAAGAAUCUUGUUGAUAUUAAGGGGCUACUCCACUCUGACCAAGAACUCUUCAAUGGUGGAUCCACUGAUUCCAUAGUGCGUGAAUAUAGCAUGAACCCAAACUCUUUUUUCGAUGAUUUCGUCGACGCCAUGAUCAAGAUGGGAGACAUUAGUCCCUUAACUGGAUCAAAUGGUGAGAUAAGGAAGAAUUGCAGGAGUGUGAAUUAA